UUUUGUUUCCCCAAGCAAAGUGCUCAGUCCUCAAGAGAAAGCUUGUACAGUAGCUGUAGCCUCUUGAGUUCUUGUUUCCCGUGAGAAGGAAUUCCUACUUCCAUGGUUACUGCUGCUGCUGCUCAGCCCAAAAUCCAAAGGGUAGAGAACAAAAAGAAAAACCUUCUGCUUCUCCUUCUGACCUCACCUUAAAAAUAACACCUUUUUGACCCGAAUCCCCCCAUUUCAAACCCUGCUACCUCCAUUUUUAAAGCCCAUUUCCAGACUCUCACUCCACUUUUUCCAGACACCAGUCUUGGAGUUUGCUGCUUUUUCCUCAAUUCUUUCUUCUUUUUCACCUUCACACAUGUAUAUAUUCCUCGCCCAGCUUUUGUUCCAGCCCCUUAUAUCAACUCAAGGCCAAAAUAUGUGUUCUUUAUUUUGAAACACUAGUUGAAAAUUUUGGAGCCAAGUGAGGAAAAAAAAGAUCAUUCAUUCUUGAAAUGGAGAAGCUCCAAGUUUUUGCUUUGUGUUUCUUGGUGGGAAGUUUGUAUUUGUUGUCAGUAGUCCAGGGGAGUGUUGCUGCAACUCUUCUUGAAAGUGACAAGCAAGCAUUGCUAGAUUUUGCUAGCAAGUUUGCUCAUUUGCGCCCUUUGAAUUGGAAUGAGCAGUAUCCAGUGUGCAAGAAUUGGACUGGAGUGACGUGUAGUGAAGAUGGCAACAGAGUAAUUUCAGUGAGGCUACCGGGGAUUGGGUUUCAUGGGCCAAUCCCAGAGAAUACAUUGAGCCGCUUAUCAGCGUUGCAGAUCUUGAGCCUCAGAUCCAAUGGGAUUACUGGGACUUUCCCUCUUGAUUUUGGUAACCUAAAAAAUUUAACCUUUCUUUAUCUUCAGCACAACAAUUUCUCAGGUCCCUUGCCUGCGAACUUCUCUGUUUGGAGGAACCUGACUAUUGUUAACUUGUCCAAUAAUGGGUUUAAUGGCAGCAUUCCUCGUUCGUUGUCGAGUUUAAAUCAGCUUAUUGCUUUGAAUCUUGCUAACAACUCUUUUUCUGGUGAGCUACCUGAUUUGAAUUUGCCUAAUUUACAGUUGCUCAACUUAUCACACAACAAUCUUGUUGGCAGUGUGCCUAAAUCACUGCAGAGGUUCCCAAAGUCUGUGUUCUUGGGCAAUAGUGAAUCUUUGUUGGAUUAUACAGUUACUAGUUCUCCUAUUGUUUUGGCUCCUCAUGAGCACAAUCCAAGAGCUAAAACUGUUGGAAAACUAAGUGAAAGGGCUUUGCUUGGAAUUGUAAUAGCUGGUUCUGUUAUUGUGCUUCUUGGUUUUGGUUUUCUGUUGCUUGUUUGCAUACUUAGAAGAAAGACGGUGGAUGGCUUUGCUGGGAAAUUGGAAAAAGGGGACAUGUCCCCGGAGAAAGCUAUUUCCCGUAGCCAAGAUGCGAGUAAUAAGUUGGUUUUCUUUGAGGGGUGUAACUAUGCAUUUGAUUUGGAGGAUUUGUUGAGGGCUUCUGCUGAAGUAUUGGGGAAGGGCACGUUUGGGACGGCGUAUAAGGCAAUACUAGAGGAUGCUACAAUGGUGGUGGUGAAAAGGUUGAAGGACGUGAACGUUGGAAAGAGGGAGUUUGAGCAACAAAUGGAUGUAAUUGGAAGCAUCAAACAUGAAAAUGUGAUUGAGCUAAGGGCUUACUAUUACUCCAAGGAUGAGAAGCUUAUGGUUUACGAUUAUUACAGCCAAGGGAGUGUAGCUUCAAUGUUACACGGAAAACGAGGAGACAGUAGAACUCCUCUAGAUUGGGAAACGCGAGUUAAUAUAGCAAUCGGUGCAGCAAGGGGCAUAGCUCGUAUCCACAUGGAAAAUGGUGGGAAGUUAGUUCAUGGAAACGUCAAAUCAUCCAACAUAUUCCUAAACUCUCGACAAUUUGGAUGUGUAUCUGAUCUUGGCCUGUCGACAAUUAUGAGCUCAUUGGCUCCGCCAAUAGCUCGUGCUGCUGGCUAUCGUGCACCAGAGGUGACUGAUACACGCAAAGCAACGCAGCCUUCUGACGUGUACAGCUUUGGUGUGAUAUUACUCGAGCUGCUCACCGGUAAAUCCCCUGUCCACACCACGAACGGCGACGAGAUCGUCCAUCUGGUCCGAUGGGUCCAUUCAGUCGUUAGAGAAGAGUGGACUGCAGAAGUUUUUGAUGUCGAGCUACUGAGGUACCCCGACAUAGAGGAAGAAUUGGUUGAGAUGUUACAGAUAGCAAUGGCGUGUGUGGUAAGAAUGUCGGACCAGAGACCUAAAAUGUCGGAAGUAGUAAAAAUGAUCGAGAAUGUCCGAUUGGCAGAGACAAAUCGCACGUCCUCCGAAGUCAAGUCUGAGAACUCGACACCAAUGCCUCUGUCGUCGCCCGGUCAUUGAGAAGUUUCCAGUUCUCAGUACUAGAGUACUGAAUCACUCACUUGUUGCUAGCCUAUGUUUCAUGUCUGAUUUGAGGACUUUCUAGUUCACUACCUUGGUGGACAAAAGGUACUAACAAAGUAUUUCAACCUGAUCCCAGGUUGAUAUGUCCCUGCAGACAUUUUUGUGAUGUUACAUGCAUUUAAUCUGUAUGUAUGUGGAGCAAACAGAUUGUUGUAAUAUUGUUGAUCUUGUUAUUA